CCCCGCUCCGCCGCGCUUUUUCUGGGCGGGCUCUCCUCUCCUGGCCUGAGAAUUGGCAGCCACACUGGAGCCGGCUGUAUGGACACGGGCUGGGAGCCGGGGGCGGUGGGCGCCUCGCUGCUGCUGUGCGCCGCGCUGCUGGGGGCGGGCUGCGCGUUGGGCCUGCGCCUGGGCCGCGGGCGGGGGGCGGCGGACCGCGGGGCGCUCGCCUGGCUCUGCUACGACGCCCUGGUGCACUUCGCACUGGAAGGCCCUUUCGUCUACUUGUCUUUGGUAGGGAACAUUGCAGAUUCUGAUGGCUUGAUUGCUUCAUUGUGGAAAGAAUAUGGCAAAGCUGAUGCAAGAUGGCUUUAUUUUGAUCCAACCAUUGUGUCUCUGGAAAUGUUGACCGUUGUCGUGGAUGGGUCUCUGGCAUUGGUCCUCAUUUAUGCCAUAGUCAAAGAGAAAUAUUACCGGCAUUUCAUCCAGAUUACCCUGUGCGUGUGUGAACUGUAUGGCGGGUGGAUGACCUUCGCCCCAGACUGGCUUAUGGGAAGCCCCAACCUCAACACCAACAACUGGCUCUACUUUUGGGUCUAUCUGGUAUUUUUCAAUAGUGUGUGGGUCCUGAUCCCAGGACUCUUACUGUGGCAGUCGUUGGUAGAACUCAAGAAAAUGCAUUUCAAAGGAACCAGUUCAAGGAAAAAGUUUCAGUGAGUUUUCAAAAUCAUAAACAAUAAUUAUCUUGCUUUAUGAGCCAGAAUAGAUCAAACCUUUUUGUUUGGCCAAAUGUAAUACAUUCCAGCCUACAUUUUCUUUUUAUAUUGUUGUUCCUGAACAAAUUAUUUCAAAUUGAUUGUAAGGUGGCAAGUUUUAUUGUUGUUUUUUUCCAAUUAAAUGGCAAUGUAGGGAAUAAAUUUUAAUUUGUAAUAAUAACACAUUUAAUUAUAUAUUUUUAUGGCUAGUAUUAAUUGUUCCACAUUAAUAAAGCCUAUUAUCAUAAAAU